GAGCGGAUGGACGCGCCUGGUGCCCCGGGGAGGGGCGCCGCCGGGCGGGGGUAGGAGGAGGAGGGAAAACGCCCUCACUGCCCGAGCCCUCUGGAGGCUGUGACCUCAGGGGCUGGGGGACAGAGGAGCCAAGCUCCAGCAACUGGGCUGCCCGACGAGGCCACCGCACCAGGUCCCCUGUCACCACCCCAGGGGCCUAGAACGGCAGUCUCAGGGACCACUGCAAGGUUUCCAGUUGCCUGGACAACGGGCUCCGGCUCAGAGCAACAGCCUUUCUAGCACCUGCUUCUCCUGCUGCUGCCUCCGCUGCUACAGCCUUGGGCACCAGGUGACAUGCCGGUGCUCUCCACCCCACGGCCCUCGCGGGUGACCACACUAAGGCGCACAGCGGUGGUCCUGGCGCUCACGGCCUACGGAGCCCACAAACUGUACCCACUGGUGCGCCAGUGCCUGGCCCCAGCCAGGGGUCCGCAGGGCCCAGCCGGGGAGCCCACAUUGGAGGCCCUGGGGCCCACUGCGGCCAAGGCUGGCAUGAACCGGGUGUUCCUGCGGCGGCUCCUGGUGCUUCUGCGGCUGCUGUUCCCCAGGGUCUUAUGCCGGGAGACCGGGCUGCUGGCGCUCCACUCGGCCGCGCUGGUGAGCCGGACCUUCCUCUCCGUCUAUGUGGCCCGCCUGGACGGCCGGCUGGCCCGCUGCAUUGUGCGCAAGGACCCUCGUGCCUUCGGCUGGCAGCUCCUGCAGUGGCUGCUCAUCGCGCUGCCUGCCACCUUCGUCAACAGCGCCAUCCGCUACCUGGAGGGCCAGCUGGCCCUGUCCUUCCGAAGCCGACUGGUGACCCACGCCUACAGCCUCUACUUCUCCCAGCAGACCUACUACCGCGUGAGCAACAUGGACGGGCGGCUUCGCAACCCGGACCAGUCCCUGACAGAGGACCUGGUGGCCUUCGCCGCUUCCGUGGCCCACCUCUACUCCAACCUGACCAAGCCGCUGCUGGACGUGGCUGUGACCUCCUACACACUUGUACGGGCAGCACGCUCCCGUGGGGCCGGCACAGCCUGGCCCUCGGCCAUCGCGGGCCUCGUGGUGUUCCUCACAGCCAACGUACUUCGGGCCUCCUCGCCCAAGUUCGGGGAGCUGGUGGCUGAGGAGGCACGGCGAAAGGGGGAGCUGCGCUACAUGCACUCUCGAGUGGUGGCCAACUCGGAGGAGAUCGCCUUCUAUGGGGGCCACGAGGUGGAGCUGGCGCUGCUGCGGGACUGCUACCGGGCCCUGGCGGCGCAGAUCAAUGUCAUCCUGCUGAAGCGCCUGUGGUACGUCAUGCUGGAACAGUUCCUCAUGAAGUACGUGUGGAGUGCCUCGGGGCUGCUCAUGGUGGCUGUCCCCAUCAUCACUGCCACCGGCUACUCAGAGUCAGACUCAGAGGCUGCGCAGCGGGCCGCCUUGGAGAUGCAGGAGGAGGAGCUGGUGAGCGAGCGCACGGAGGCCUUUACCAUUGCGCGUAACCUGCUCACAGCUGCAGCCGAUGCCACCGAGCGGAUCAUGUCGUCCUACAAGGAGGUGACAGAGCUGGCUGGCUACACGGCGCGCGUGUACGAGAUGUUUCAGGUGUUCGAAGAUGUCCAGCACUGUCGCUUCAAGCGACCAGGGGAGCCAGAGGACACCCAGGCCGGGACGGGAGCUGUGGUACGCUCCGGCAUCCGCGUGGAGGCACCACUGCGCAUCCGAGGCCAGGUGGUGGACGUGGAGCAGGGCAUCAUCUGCGAGAAUAUCCCCAUCAUCACACCCACUGGAGAGGUGGUGGUGGCCAGCCUCAACAUCCGGGUGGAAGAAGGCAUGCACCUGCUCAUCACAGGCCCCAACGGCUGUGGCAAGAGCUCACUCUUUCGGAUCCUGGGCGGGCUGUGGCCCACGUACGGUGGCGUCCUCUACAAGCCCCCGCCACAGCGCAUGUUCUACAUCCCGCAGAGGCCUUACAUGUCUGUGGGCUCUCUGCGCGACCAAGUCAUCUACCCGGACUCGGUGGAGGACAUGCGCCGCAAGGGCUGCUCAGAGCAGCAGCUGGAAGCCAUCCUAGACAUCGUGCACCUUAACCACAUUCUACAGCGGGAGGGAGGUUGGGAGGCCCUGUGCGACUGGAAGGACGUGCUGUCGGGGGGUGAGAAGCAGCGCAUUGGCAUGGCCCGGAUGUUCUACCACCGGCCCAAGUACGCCCUGCUGGACGAGUGCACCAGCGCCGUAAGCAUUGACGUGGAGGGCAAGAUCUUCCAGGCGGCCAAGGAUGCGGGCAUAGCAUUGCUAUCCAUCACCCACCGGCCCUCCCUGUGGAAGUACCACACGCACCUGCUACAGUUCGACGGCGAAGGCGGCUGGAAGUUUGAGAAGCUGGACUCGGCUGCGCGGCUGAGCCUCACGGAGGAGCGGCAGCGGCUAGAGCAGCAGCUGGCUGGGGUCCCCAAGAUGCAGCAGCGCCUCGAGGAGCUGCGCCACAUCCUGGGCGAGGCCACUGGGCCUGGCAUCCCCAGCUGAGUGCUGGGGGGGGCACUGCCGCCCUGCCCUGCACUGCCCCAGGCUCUCGGAUCACAUGAAGGAACUGACAUCCCCACCUGUCCCCGCCACCAGCCUGCCUCCCUUCCCAGGAGAGCGGGGACCCAGCCUCGGGCCACUGUGACUGCCAGCACCAGGCAGCAGAUCUUCCCUCCACUUGGCUGGGGGAAGUGGCGCAGGGCUGCAGGCUGAGCCAGCAGAUGGAGCGGAACCCCCAGACCUCAGCUCACCACCACCAGCUAGAGGACACCUCCCUCCUGAGACUCAAAUCACGGCUUCCCAGUCUCUGUUGCCACCCCUGGCCCUUGGGGCACCCUUCCUGCCACCGACAUAGCAGAACAGGGCCGGAGCCAAGCCCUGCGCCAGUGUCUUGCUGUCCACCAGGGGCCCUCAGGAGCCCCCUGGAAUGGGGGAGGAGCCACAGAAAAGCAGCCCCGCCCUUCGCUCCUCCUCUGCCUGAUGUGCGGGCUUCCCCAUGGCCAGCAAGGCACGUGACCAGGCUGGGCACUCCCAAUAGCCACCAGUACCCCCACCCCCACCAGCCUACACUGCCAGUUGCCACUGGGGGGCGCGCGCCACCUGUCUGCUGGGAGCCCGGGCUCCAUAGCCCCAGCUCAGUGCCAAAGAGGGGUCCCAGGGAGUGCUGUGUCACCAGAGGGAGACCCCCACCGCGUGUGCCUUUCCCAGGCCCCAGGCCCCCAGGCAGGGCGACCUCAGUCCCCCUAGUAAAGCUGCUGUGGAAAAUGCA